AUGGAUGGUCCUACACCCAUCGUCAUCGGCCUCGAUGGCCUUAUCAAGCACUCUCUCCCGCGCAUCGCCAAAAUUCGCAGCGCCGCCGCCGCCAUGACAAACUUUGGACGGCUAUCACCGUUUCUUAAGCGGCUUCAAGUCAGUGUCUUGCUUCUAGGUACCAUCUACCGGAAGAUUUCACAAUACGACACGAUACCGGGAUCCGAUAUGUGUCUCGGCAUCUGUCAUGACAGCCUUGCGCAGACUCAAGGCAUGAUGGAAGCUGUGCUGCGAACAGACGACGAUAAUGCGUACAAAGUGGGUAGAGAGGUAUUAAUUGAAAGAUUGCCUGACGAGAUUGGCUCUUUUAUUUCUUCUGUGGAGCUCUUGAGAAGCACAUAUCACGAAGCACAAUCCGAGUUUAUACUCGAAUCCAUGAAAGAGCUUGCCAACCUAAGACGUGACUACUCCAAGCAUCUGGAGGAGUGCACUCAUAAAGCAAAGCAAGCGAAUCCUAAUAUUACCAACACAUCAAGCGAAGAUGAACGGACAUCGGGCUCGGAUAAUGGAACGAACCUUACCGAGCCUGAGGCAGCGUCACCACCUAAUUCCUCACAGCAAAAGCCUCCGGAAAAAAAAGAUGACGCCUGUAUAGGACACGAUUAUUGA